AUGACCAAACAUACGGGUGGUUGUUAUUGUGGCAAAGUGCGCUACGAGAUUGUGUUAUACAGCGAUGAUGAUGCAAGAACAAGCCUUUGUCAUUGCAAGAAUUGCAAGAGAUUCACAGGCGGUCCGUUCGGAGUGACAAUCAAAAUUCCACUUUCAAGCUGGAAGGUCAUAGCGGGCUCGCCGAAGCACCAUACUUCCGACAAUGGAUCAUCAAUGCUGCAUCGCGAAUUUUGCGAAGACUGUGGCAGUCCGAUACUUGAAUACGGAGAGGCUGCUGCGAGGGACUGGAGAUAUGUCUUCCACGGAACGCUAGAUGAUACAAACGUACUUCCUCCGAAAGGCGAAUUCUUUUGUAAAUACAGAUGCCACUGGAUGCCUGAGAUCGAGGGAAUAUUUCAUAAGAGGGAACUCCACGACUAG